AAUUUUGUAACCUUCUCCUAGUUUUAGCUAUGCAAAACAGUCAACCCCAUGCUGCCCUCCUCGUUAGCCCUGGCAUGGGACAUCUCAUCCCUGCCCUUGAGCUCGGCAAACGCAUGGCUACUCAUCAUGGAUUUCAUGUCACCGUCUUUAUCGUUGCAGAAGAUCAUGCCUCAACUUCACUUUUCAAAUCACCAAAUAAUUACCCUGAAAAUCUUGAUGUUGCCUUGCUCCCUCCUGUUGAUAUCUCUGCCAUAGUCGGUCCUGAUGCAUCACUUACCGUCAAGAUGAUCUUCAUCAUGCGCCAGUCUUUACCUCUCCUUCGCUCUGAAAUCCUAGCCAUGAAGAUUCGUCCAACAAUGCUGAUUGUGGACAUAUUUGGAACCGAGGCUUUCACCAUAGCUGACGAAUUCGAGAUGCUUCGAUUUUGGAUAUCUCUGACAUGAGUUUGAAGAUACCAGGUCAAACAUAUGAUGUGAUAAUAUAUAGUAGUAAAAUUUCGCUCUCUUGAUAGCUUUAUAAUAAUUUUCUAUGUAAUUACAUGCCAACCCUUAACUAAUUAAUCACCACAGCGUUACACAAUUGAUGAUGCAAUUUGAAUGUGGAUUUUUCUCAUUAAAUGUCGUUACCAUUU